UCGCGAUAUUUUCGCGCAGUCUUCUUCGACUUGACAGGUGGCAAACAUUUGCAACUACCGCACCCAAAUCAGCCACGUCCUUAUUCAGAUCGACCGUUUCUGCUGUACAUGGACACACUGAAUAGGGACUGUCUCUCACAAAUAUUCCUCAAUCUCGAUUUCAUCGAACGAGUUCGUCUGGAGCACGUAUGUCGCAUGUUCCACUAUGUGCUGCAGCAACAAUCCACCUUUUCUGACAGCGUAAACUUGGACAUUUCAGAAUUUCUGAUUAGCACUUCCACAGACUACUAUCAGCAGGAUAGCCUAAGCUUUCUCCCAACGGUUGUCGGAGUGAUCGAACGAUGCGGUCCCUAUGUGCAGCAGCUGAGUUUCGGUCAACGAUGGUUGCGCAUUUCACAGCCUAUAAUCGACUGCAUUGCCAACAACUGCAAACAACUGAGUGUCGUCGACCUCGGAGCAGUGAUUCUAAGCGCUGAUCUGAGCCCAUUGUUGGAAAAAAUCGCGCCACAGUUGCAGGAAUUCUCACUUGAAGAAACCAGCUGGGUCAACAUUGAAUGUGCUGAGAAGGUGCAAAAUUACUUCAAAUCAAUGAAGAAACUGCGGAAGCUCAAUCUGCGUUCGGCCAUGUUUCAACUCACGAGACUCGCUGAAUUACCGACAACUCUGGAAUAUCUAGAGAUCGGAGGCGCCCACUCUUUCCCUUCCGAAAUACUACUAGAAUUUCUGCAAAACCACGAUCGGCUCGAAGAGUUCCAUGCAUCUCCGAUGCCGGUGCUUGAUGAUGAGAUAAUCGCCGCUAUCGGAUCACUUCCUAAUCUGCGACAUCUCUCGCUUGGUCAUUCCUACAACACCGAUCUGCACUUUGACGCCUUAAGCAACCUGACAAAAUUGGAGUCACUUCGAAUGAAUGAUGUGUUCGGUCUGACUGAGGUGUCUCUACAACUCAUUUUGUCACGAAUGCAGAACUUGGAACGAAUUGCGCUGAUCAACUGCAAAAACGUUUUUGAUUACACGGCUCUUGGCAACUGCGGACGACUUCAAUCUCUUGAAAUUCGGAACACCAUGCAACUGGCUAAUGAGGAUAUACUCGCCCUCUGCUCAUACGGCAAUCUCAAACGACUCGUACUUUCAAACUGCUUCAACUUCUCAUCACGUGGAGUUAACAUCGCAUUGAUGCGCUGUCAGUUGAAAGAGCUGACAGUGAACAAAUGUGCCCGGGUUACCGACGAGAUGAUGUACACGCUGGCUUCCACACAACGAGAACUUGAAAGCAUUUCUAUUCAGGAAUGCUCGGCGAUCACCAGCAAAGGAGUAUCGGCGUUGGCAUGGCUACGGAAUAUUCAUUUGUUACGUGAGGUUGACGUGUCUCGGAAUCGCAACGUCGACGAUACCGUGGUACGCAAUCUACACACCGCCCUCGUCACUUCAGCGAAUCGCCAAAACUCGCCCUCAACAGAAAGCCAAACUAAACCUGAUGACCAGCCGCGCAAGAAACUAGUGAUGUACAUCUUCGACACGAGUAUCUCCCGAGCAGUCGAACAAGAGGUGAAAGAUUGGAUAACGCUCUGCUGA